GGUAGAGAUGCUGGGUCUAACAAAGAUCUGCCUUUGUUCAACCAGCAUAGUAGCUCCUUGUGGAGACUGUGACAAAAUCUGGAGACACGUGGCGUGUUGCAGGAUAAGAAUCUAUAUGGGCAUGUAAUGCCCAGCAACCUCAGAUAUGUACCGAGUGGUGUCAGUGUAUUUCUACAUUGCAUUCAAGUACUGUUUCAGAGGAAAACUGAAAUUUUAAGCUUCUAUUACUUUCUUUCUGGGCCCUUGAAUGGCUGUGGCCCGAUUUGUCAUGGUGAUGUAUCGUUUGUUCGUUAACUUCGGGAAUCAGACUGUACUUUUUCCGGACUUUAUAGGAUGUUAGGAUGAGAUGUUUGGUGCUAGAAGAUUUUUAUCAUGUCCAUUGACUAUUUAAAAAGAAAAUUCCAUGAUUGGCCAGUUCUUCAAACAGCUCUCCAGUGUUUUUUAAAGCCAGAGAGGAGCGGCUGGAGCUGUUAUCUGUGACGUACGUUUAAUCACUGCUGAAAUUGAGUUCAGCAAUGCUGACAAACCCAUAGUCUGCUGCUGUGUACAGAUGAGCUCCUGCCCUCCCUAGACAAACUGUUUGGAACAGUUGCAUAAGAACUCCUCCGUUUUAGCAUCCAGAAGAACUGAAGACUUUGACAUCUAGCACCACACUCCGUAUACUGAAAGCAAGAAAACGCUGUGACAAAACUGUUUCUGCACAAAUUGUUCCUUCCACCCAAAAGGGUGGGUGACAUGCCACAAACCUGAAAGUCGGUGCUGCUGCUUUUGUUGCCCUUGAAUGCAAACACUGAAGGGAAGGGAGAUGUUUGUUUGCUCUCCUGAUAUAUGUUGUUGUACAUCAACAUCAACAAACUCUCCUGCAGUCGCUAUUUCAUGCCUGGGAGCCAGGCAGGUAAUAGGGUCCUGUCCCACUGGCAGCAAUUCAGAGCAGGCAGUGCUGCCUCAAUCUUAAUGUAAGAUGUGAAGGGUGAACAGCAGCGUGCGUUGCAGUGUUCAGAUGCUGCUUCUUCUAGCAAUUUUGUUAUUCAUUUGCUUAACCUCUCUUCUCUCUCUUUCUGUGAGGGAGCUUUCAAAUAAACAUGUCAAGUUCCGAGUUGUCUGGAGAAAUGUAUUAGAUUCCCUUUUUGCUAUGCCUGGGAGGCUGUGCCUUGCAAGUCUCUCCAGGGCACGUGUUCGUGGCUCCUUUUUCCUGAAGAGCAAAGAAGAAACCCUUUUACUUUUCCCCUAUAACCCUUCCUACAGGACAGGCAGUGACGAUGAUCACCUUGCUGCGAAUUCUUACGCUUCCACAUUGGCUCUGAGAGGAUUUGUGUGAUGCUCUAAAGCUGCUCCUGCCUGUCAGACCUUGGCACUAUGUCAGUCAAGUAAAGCUGGUUGAAUUGCCCUGAGCUGGUCAAGUUGUCUGAGCCAGUGGAAUGAUUUCUUUAAUCUCCUCUGUGGUUUUUGUGUGGAGCUGUAAAUACAAACUGCUUUCCUCUGUGCCAAAUUGUAUGACUUUAUUUUCACAAAGGAAGGAGCUUUUAAUAUCUGAAGUAUUCUUCUACCUAUCCCAAGUGGUUCUAAUUAUUCCCUUCAAAACCAAAAAAUCAUUAUUUCUAUAUUGACAUUAAAAAGGGGUGAAUAGUAAAAUACAGUAAUGAAAAUUACUGAUGUUAAAGGGGUGAACAAUAAAAUACAGGGAUGGAAAUGACACUUGCAAUGUAGCUAAGCCCUGAAGUACAGGAGAAGGGAGUGUUAUGCUGUGUCAUUGUGGCUCUGUGAACUUGUAAGAGAUGGGCCCUGCUCCUCUUUCUGCCCCUGACUAGUUUUGUAAUUGUGGGUGUGCCCCAAUUCCUACAUCUAGAAACUGAGGAUUGUGGAAAAUACAUUAAGUUCUGUAGGAGCUGUGGAAAAACACUCUCAAAACACUGAGUUCUGCAUCACUGGGCACCACUACAGGAAAGGAAAUAACUACUGCUCUUCACUAGGAGUUAUGUACUUGUCUGAUUUUAAUGGGGUCUCGGUGUUUUACUGAUUCUUUUGUUGAGUUUGCUCAUACUUCACCCAAUUCAUGUUCACUCCCUGAUCUAAACGGCCCUUCCCAUUGGCACUGCGACCUGGGACAAGUUGUUUACAGCAACGAGGCCUAUCUGGAAGUCCUUGACAUUGGUGUGAUCCAUCUCUGCAGCCUGUCAAGGCUUAUUGUCAACGUACAUCCUCAAAUCAAUGGCAGACGGGGAUCCUGUUGUGUUGGGUUCUCCUCUCAGCGGCAGGAAGCCCUGAUAAGCUUUUCCGUCUGCUGCUUCUAGGCAGCGCAGGCGUUAACUCCUGCACCAGGAGCUGUUCUUCACGCGCUUUCAUCAAACGUUGGUGUGUAUUGAGAGGUGGCUCUGAUAAAAGCCGGCUUCAGCAGACACCAAAGCGCUUUAUUCAUGAGCCCCAUGCAAACGGUACGAGGCUCUCCAGCCUAGCCAAUGCUUUAACAAAUUAGAGUUCCUUGCAGAAGGAUGGUGAAGCCUUCCAAAUCUCUGGGAGCGAUGAGAAGCGUGGUUGCCAUCUGCAAAAUUAACAUCCUUUCUUGCAUUAAGAAUAGACAUAACCCAGACUGAAACAGCAGCAGGUUAAGAUCUUAUCUUUUUGGGUAUCAAAGUCUCAGGCCUCUGUUUUAAUAUCACCGUCACACUGUUGUUUGGGCCUUUUUCCUGCUUCCCUUCUCAGGAAUACUUUCUCCAGCUCCCUCAGGCAUAGAUUUGCCAUCGUCUGCUCUGAUUCAGGCUACUGUUGUUUGUGGGGCAACUGGAGCUAUGUAUGGCACCUGAAAUAACUUGCGAAGCAACAAGAAAAUGCUGAUACAGGAAUUGCCUCUGGUGGUGCUUUUUGCAGAAGACUGAGAUCAUCUUUGCCUUUCCUGUGGAUCCCAAAAAUGUUUAGAGGCAGCACAUGGAAUCUUCUUCAGCUUUAAACUGUUUCCUUAAAUUAGAUGUUAUGGUGAUUUGGGACAGUGUCAUCUCUGGGAAUCCUGGGGCAUCUCCUGCUUUAACCCUUUGGAGAACUUGAUAGGGCCUUUUUGUGACACCUUUGAGGCUCAAAAAUGCUGGGAUGCAGUUCGUUUCCCCAUGUUAAUUGUCAGUUGUCUGUUACUUACAUGUAACUGUCAAAACAUGAUGGGUGUCAGGCCUAAUAUACCACCUACAAACAUAAAAGCAGCUCGUAAUUAAGUGGUUCAGAGAAAUACACACAAUUCUAACACAAACAGAAAAUUCAAUUCAAGCUUGUCACUUUUAUUUACCCAGGAUCUUAAGUAUGAAUCAACCUCUCAAUGAAAAUGGCAAAACAGAACUUCCUGUGGCUUGCUGUAUUAUUCUCCGCUCAAUUUUAGUUUCUCUUCUGGGAAUUCACAUAAUCACCUUGUGAGGGUUAUCUGCCUUGUUAGCUUUGCAUAGCGAAUUUGUUCGCCUUUCCUGUUGUUGAAAAAAGCUUCUCUGGUACUGCUCAGCUGUCAGCAUAACAUAGCUACAAAGAGGUUUUAUUUUCUCUGUUUUCUUUAUGGUGGCGGUGGGAGCAACGACAGUAUUUAUAAAGCUGCUUUUGUUGUUCCCUAGAGUCAUUCACCACUGGAAAAGACUCGUCUGCUGGGGUGGAGCAGAACAGCAUAUUGCGUUUUGCUGCCAGGGGAACACCCAGACAACCUAUUGAGAACUUUCUGUAAUGUACAAUAUCUAUAAAGCAGGCGAAUACCUGGCUCCUUAUCUCAUGCAAACUUGGUUAUGAAGAUAGCCUAGCUGCUUUUUUUCUACUGGGAUUUGAAGCCAGUACAUCAACUUUGGUGUUAUUCCUUAUGCCAGCCUGCUACAGAAAUGCAGGACGCAAAGGGAAUGGGGAAAUACCUCCCCUUGCUUGGCUGUGCUGUUCCUGUACGCUUCGGUGGACUCUUUGCUGUUGGGGAGCUUUCUGGCUGUAGAUAAUUUUCUGAGAGAGAACUGUAAGACCAUUGUUCAUAAGCAGGGAGGGACCUGUGCAUGUAUAUAGGUUAAAAACAGAGCUUUAAAUCUAUUCUCUAUAAUAAGGGUUAUAGCUCACGGGAUGAGAGGGAAGAUCCCUUUCUGCUUAUUCAUGUUGUCCUUGGCAUCUCUCACUGCUAGUCGUGGUGCUUGGUUUGCUUUAGCAGAGAACAGAUUUCAGCAUGCUGCAUCUCAUCCGUAGCCAGAGCAUGGGGUUAUGACCUGCAGCUCAGCCUAGUUUGGGCUGGACCAGUGAGGCAGAGGUUCUCCAUUACUCAGUUUUGCUGAGAGGUUAAUUCUAUAAUGUCGAGUUUCUUGACUGUUGGCUUGUUUUUGUUUUUUAAAGACAGAGAUCAUAAGACUACUGUAGAAAAAUGUCUUUACUUGCCUUGUUUGAUAAACUCACUGCAAUGGUUGUGUUGUUUGACCAAGAGUGGAAAGGGUCUUUGUGUAGUAUUGGAACAGCUGCUUUCCCUGUGGGACACCAGUCCUUCACUUUGACUGAUGUUCCCAUUGUAGCUCUGCUUGGAAGGCUCAGUUCUCCUCCUUCGGCCACGAUUUCCUGCAGUUAAGGCCCUCUGGUUGGCGUUUUUUGCCUGUGCGGAGCCAUGAAGUCGUAUGACUUGUGGAAGGAGUAGAGAUAACAACAAGCACCCAUCUGUUCUUCUUUUCCAUCCUUUUGGGAUGUCCGGGUGUCCCCUAGUUAGAAUCCUUCUCCGGAUAAGAUAGCAGAGGUGUCACUGUGGGGCAGUCAGGCCAGAAAACAAUAGCGGGUUGAGUCCAAAACACAAGAUUGAUCAGUAAGUUGUCAAUAAGGGGUAGAGUUGCUCGGUGGAGGUCAAGGCUGGAGGUCAAGGCUGGAGUUGUACCCCACAUCCCUUCAGCUUCUUCCUGUGAUAAACUUCCAGGAGAGCUAUCACACUUGCUCUUCAGAAAGCCUGGGGUCAGAAGCUCCACCGAGAGGAAGGCUGCAAGAGCCACAGCCUGUGCAAGGGCUUUUGAGCCUCGGUUACUCGAGUGGGAACUGUUCCUUGCCUGAGUGGGAUGUUCCAGUAUUUGGUUUUCUGCAUAUGCUUCGUUAUCCGGUUGCAGCCGGUGUCUUCGAUGGCCCUGGACCCCUGCUCUGCCUACAUCAGCCUGAACGAGCCCUGGAGGAACACGGAUCAUCAGAUAAACGGUUCCCACGGCCAGCCGACUUGUGACAGUCAAAUCAAUGGGGAGUGGUAUCGCUUCACCGGCAUGGCUGGCGAUGCCAUGCCCACCUUCUGCAUCCCGGAGAACCACUGUGGCACCCACGCUCCCAUUUGGCUGAACGGCAGCCACCCACGAGAGUCGGAUGGCAUCGUCCCACGCCAAGCCUGCGCCAGCUUCAACGGGAACUGCUGUCUUUGGAAUACUACGAUUGAUGUCAAGGCGUGUCCGGGCGGGUACUACGUGUAUCACUUAACCAAGCCAAGCGUUUGUUUCCAUGCGUACUGUGGCCAUUUUUAUGACAUCUGUGAUGUGGUGGAUUGCCAGGGCUCCUGUCUGGACACCAGUGACUGCACGUGUUCCCUGGGGACAACACUAGGACCUGAUGGACAGACAUGUCUUGAUGAAAAUGAAUGUGAGCAGAACAACGGAGGUUGCAGCGAAUUUUGCGUUAACCUGAAGAACUCCUACCGCUGUGAGUGUGGGAUCGGGCGCACGCUGGGAAGUGACGGGAAAACCUGUGAAGAAAUUGAAGGCUGUCACAAUAACAACGGAGGCUGCAGUCAUACCUGCAUUGAAGUGGAAGACAGAUACCAAUGUGAAUGCCCAAGGGGGCUUGUUCUGUCAGAAGACAACCACACUUGCCAAGUUCCAGUGCUAUGCAAGUCCAGCUCUAUUGAGGUGAGCAUCCCGAAGGACCUGGUUGGAGGCCUGGACCUUUCUCUCAUCAACACUUCAUGCAAAGGAGUGUCCAAUGGCACUCACGUCAACAUCCAUUUCUCCCUGAAGUCCUGCGGCACUGUUGUAGAUGUAAUAAAUGAUAAAAUCAUUGCCACCAAUCUAGUGACCGGCUUGCCAAAGCAGACUCCAGGAAGCAACGGGGACAUCAUUGUCCGCACCAGCAAGCUGCUGAUCCCAGUGACCUGCGAGUUCCCACGCCGGUACACCAUCUCCGAAGGUUAUGUGCCCAACCUCAAGAACUCCCCCUUGGAAAUCAUGAGCCGCAACCAGGGCAUCUUUCCCUUCACUCUUGAGAUCUUCAAAGACAAAGACUUUGAUGAACCCUACAGGGGUGCUCCUCCCACCCUCAAGCUUCGUGACUCUCUGUACUUCGGGAUCGAACCCUUGGUACAUGUCAGUGGACUGGAGACACUGGUUGAGAGCUGCUUUGCCACUCCCACCUCCAAAAUCGAUGAGAUCCUGAAGUACUACCUGAUUCAAGAUGGCUGCGUUUCUGAUGAUUCCGUGAAGCAGUACACGUCAAAGGACCAUCUCGCCAAGCAUUUCCAGGUUCCUGUGUUCAAGUUUGUGGGCAAAGACAACAAGGAGGUGUUCCUGCACUGCCGCAUCCUCGUCUGCGGGGCGCUGGAUGAGAGCUCUCGCUGCGCCCAGGGCUGCCGGAGGCGGGUGCGCAGGUCGGCUGCGACUGAGGAGGAGGAAGAGGAGGAAUCUGGUCGCGUGGCAAACCACGUCCUGACAGGUGGUCCCAUCAGAAUCGAUUUUGACGACUAAAACCCACCCACUGGAGCAGCAUCUCUGCCCGAGACCAACCUUCCUUAUCAAUGCCUUUUUUCGUGGUUGUUUGAGAAACAAGGGCUGUUUGGUAAAGCCCCACUUGAACCUCAGGACUUGUUUCCCUGUCUGCAUGGUGAUUAUUUGUGAUUUGUGUUUGCACACUGAGUGCAACCUGGACUGCAGAACAGUUUGAUUUUUACCUGCAUUUCUUACCAACAACCCUUUGGUUGAAGGGACCCUAUUGCUUUGCAGGCCUGAAGCGUUACCCAACUUUGUCUUUCCCUGUAUCCGUCUGCAGGCUCCACAGGACUCUUUCAUUGACUAAAGAAAUGUUAUUCAAGCCCUUCUUUCAUCAGACAGUACAAACAGUAUCAUAGCUGAACGUGUUUGCUAUGCAGUUCCGUGAAUGAUGCUGAAGCUGAGAUUUUGGACGAGCAUUAAUAAAAACAUGUAUAAAAAUAUAUAUCUCGUAACAUAUAAAAUCCUUGGAGCUAUAAAAUGGUUGUUGCUACAGGCAGCUAAAGCUCAGAUCUAUCACGGGCACAUUUAAAUGUUAUUCCUAAAUAGUAAAAGGUAUUUAAUAAGACUUGAUUUUUUAGUGUCUUUUGAUGAUUGCGUGCAGUUUAACACUCUUGCAUUUAGUGUAUCAUUAUUUUUCUCCCACUUCUUCCCGCACCAAAACUGUGGUGCCUUUUGUAAGUGCUCUAGCACCUUGAUUGUAAGAAAAAGACCAUUAAACAUUUAUAAACCCCCCUGUU